UGUUAGAUUUAGGACUGUAAACUAGGGUCCCAGACGUCUAAGUUGAGCACUUAUUUAAUUCCAUAGUCACUUUAUGACAAUGUUUAUAGAAAAUAAUUCAGAGAGAACAUACUGUCCUGAUAUGAAAUAUUAAAGAGAGGAGUUAGUCAAAGUUGUCAAGAUUUUACAUUUAGUUUUGUUUUGACUUCUAUAGCUUUAUUGUACCAAACAUUAUUGACCUGGCUGGUUUUUAGAUCCCAUUGCACAAAUAAUUUCGAAUAUCAUUAAUCAAUAAUUAAUGAUGGUAAUAAUUAUAUCAUAAGUAGAAUUUUAUUUUGAAAUGAACUUACAGUAAAAUUGCAUGGGGCCUUCUUUUGGUGUACAGUUCUGUGAAUUGUAAAUCAUGUAGAUUUCAUGUCUCCACCACCACAGUCAAGAGGGGGAGCAGCCCCAUUCCUCACACUCUCCUCACACUCUCCCUGUUACAAUCACCCCCAUUGCUCGCCCCGAGUCCCCGGCUCUCACUUCUCUCCAUUACUUCUGCUUUACCUUUUAGAGACUCAUCUAAAUGGGAUCGUGCAGUGUAUAACAUUUCGAGGCUGGUUUCUUUCACUCAGCAGAAUGCUUUUGAGACUCAUCCAAGUUGUUGUUUAUAGCACUAACGCAUUCAUUUUGUUGUGGAGUCCCAUUUCAUCGUGUGAAGUGGCUUUGGGUUUUCCAGGUUAGGGUCUUUAUGAAUGAUAUUGAUAUUAACAUUCUUGUGCAGGUUUUUGUGUGAACAUAAGUUUUUAUUUCUCUAAGGUAAAUAUCUAGAAGUGGGAUUACUGGGUCAUAUGAUGAACCCCCAAAGAAGAACAAAGGUGACCCCAUGAACAACCUGGAACAUUUUUACCGCGAGACUAUAAUGAAAAAGCGUCUUGAAGAGUUCCAACUUUUGAGAGGUGAAUCCUUUGCUUGCCACUCACUGGUCUCAGCUGCAUCCGUGAGUGGUAGUGGCACAGCUGAGAAGCCAUCACUCCUCCAGGACAAGGGAAAACAGGCAGCACAGGGUAAAGGCCCCAGGCUCCAUGUGGCAAAGCUUAUUGAUUUUCCAACUGAGCAAUAUUGGACUGGGCCUAAGACGCUGAAGCAACCAAUAGAAUUUAUCCCAGAAGAUGAGAUCCAGAGAAAUCGUUUGUCAGAGGAGGAGAUCCGAAACAUUCCUAUGUUUUCUUCAUAUAAUCCAGGGGAACCAAACAAGGUGCUAUAUCUGAAGAACCUUAGUCCUCGGGUGAAAGAAAGAGACCUUAUCUCAUUAUUCGCUCGAUUCCAGGAGAAGAAAGGACCACCCAUUCAGUUCCGAAUGAUGACUGGACGCAUGAGGGGGCAAGCUUUCCUCACCUUUCCCAAUAAAGACAUAGCAUGGCAAGCACUGCACCAAAUUAAUGGAUAUAAACUCUAUGGGAAAAUAUUGGUGAUAGAGUUUGCAAAGAGCAAAAAGCAACAGUCAGCUGUUCAGCGCUCUUCCCUUAUAACAUCUGCUCCUGAUGGCAGAACAGAAAUCAAUGGCAGCUAGGAAUUCGUAUCUACACACAUGUACAUGCACAUUUGGAUAUAUGUAUGUAAAUGAAUAUUCAGAUGAUUUUUCUUUUCUCAUUUCUUAGAUCAAGAAUAUGUAAAUUCAUAAAAAUUUGUUGAAAAUUGAAGAGGAAAUAUAAGAAAGAAAUUAGGACAGUUGCUCUCAGCAUUUGGAGAGAAUUGAUAAAAGUAUUUUCUUUUUUUAAGAUAUAUUUAUUUAUUUUAUGUAUGUGAGUACAGUGUAGCUGUCUUCAGACACACCAGAAGAGGGCAUUUGAUCCCAGUAUAGAUGGUUGUGAACCACCAUGUGAUUGCUGGGAAUUGAACUCAGGACCUCUGGAAGAGCAGUCAGUGCUCUUAACCUCUGAGUCAUCUCUCCACCCUAAAAAGUAUUUUCUAUAAUUAAAUACUGUAUAGUAUUGAAAAAGAUUGUAUAAAAUUGACAAUAUCCUGGGUGUUAAAGAUAAUAAUGAAACACUAUAUAUGGCAGAAAAUACCCUGAGGGGUAAGACCAUGUGAAAACCUUUAAUUCUCAGGAUACAUUACAUAGGACUGUUCCUAAAGAUCCCAAAAAUCCUUUAAUAAUUUUGUAGUCUUCAGUGUUUAGUCCUAGAGAUAAGACUUUUUCUAGGAGUGUUUCCUGUAUACGAAGUUUUAAAACUAACCCAGUGUUAAAAUAUUUCUUUACUGAACUCAAACUGUGUUUUGUCAGAACCUUCAACAGUUUCAGUAGGUAGAUUCAUAAGUUUAUUAACUUAAUGAUUGCUUCCACACUAAGUUUUCAGAGUCCUCAAAAGCAUAUUUAUUAUUAUGACAUCUUUUAAACCAAAAUAUUGGUAGUCUAUGAUACUAUUGCAUUCAAAACAAUAUCCAUUAAACAUGGAGUAUCUGUCUAAUGUAUGAACUUUCAAGACAAAUGAACUAGCAUCUAUAUUAAAGGGACAGGAAAGAAAGUUCUUUAGAGGAAAGGCAGCCUGCCUCAAAUUCCCUAGUGAUUCGUUUAUAGUUGUUGAAGAAGAAGAAGAACCUAAAUGGUUUAGACGGUAGAACCAGCUUUGGAGUCAGACCUGUGACCCUCAAAGUCACCCAUGUUUACCAUCCUGAGCUUAGAAAGUCACUCACUCUGAGCCUCAUUUAUCUCAUCUAUAAAAAGUAACAUUGCUUCUGACCUCCCUGAGUAAGGGUUAAAUGAGAUUAUAAUAUCCAAGGUAUUAUAUUAUAUUAUAUUAUAUUAUAACAAGGGGAAAAAUGAACUUUAGGGUACUCCACUAAGUACAUCAAACAACAUAUAAUAAGAAUUUCAUUCAAAAGCGAGAAAGAAGCAUAAAAUACUACAAAAGGUCGAGUGAAAUGGCUCAGUGAGUAAAGGCAUUUGCCACCAAACAGGAAGACCUGAGUUCAAACCCUCAGACCUGCCAAUAAUAGGACAAAAAGGCUGGGAAAUAAUGCUAUAGUUUCUUUAAAAAUCCUGUAAAUCCAUAGGAACAAAUAAAACAAAAGGGAAAUAAGGUGGCUAAAUUUUACUAGGCUGUAAACCUAAUUCUGCUUCCUAGAAGUAACAGAAUUAUAUUGGUAGUUGUACUGUUCUGUUAGCCCUACAGUGUGUUGAAAGAGUUCGCAUGGCUGAGGAAAGGGAAACAAAAAUGCUAGAGAUAAAGAUCCACUUUGUGUUUAAAAGGUUGGUGUUUUAAGAUGUGAGAAUUUUAAUCACAUAUUUUCAUAACUACAGAGCCCUCAAAUAACCUGAAACAAGGUAGCAAACAAAGUAAAGAAUGAAAGGAGAAACAGGCACAUCUCCAAACUGGUGGGUACUCAGUGUCUCCUUCCUAAUACAAGUACUGCUGCACAGUUGAUAAACAAGGAAGUAGCCAGUUUCAGCACUGGAUGCUGGAUAGAUCUGAAAGACAGCUCUAGAAUAUAGCUCUACUAGAAUAUAUAUAUUUUAUCCCAUGUAUAUGAAACAUCUUUAGGCUAGAUCAUGAACUGAACCACAAAACAGGCCUUAAUAAAUACAAAUGGACUAAAGUCUUGUCAAACAUGUUCUCUUCCACAUGGAAGAAGGUUACACAUCAGUACCAAUAAAUCGGGAAACUCACAGAUAAGUGAAAAUUAGUGAUAACUUAAAGACCAAGUCGGUCAAUAAAGAAGCGGGAGAGAUGGCUCAGUGCAUAAGAGUACUUACUGCUCUUGCAGAGGACCUGAGUUUGAUCCUCAGCAUCCACACUGAUGGUUCCCAGCUACCUUUGUCUAUAUAUGGGAUAUGCUUAGAGAUAAGCCUAUUCAAUGAGAAGAAAGACCGUGUAACAGUAAUUCACUUCAUAUCUUAAGCCAUAGGAAAAUAAUAGCAAACUACACCUAGAACAAACAAAAAGGGGAAAACAUGCAAAAUGCCUGAGAAUAGAGUACAAGAGAGAAAAUGCAAGGAAUCCAAGCGAGAAACUGGCAAGCCUUUUGCUACAUACAGCAGGAAGAGGUAGAAUGUAAUCAUUAGUUUGAGAAAUAAAGGAGGGAAUGUUGCUACUGACCUUUGAAAAAUAGAAGGUGUGUGAGGGAGUACUGUUGUACUCAUGUGUCAAUAGAUUAACCUACUAAAAAUGAACAAAUCCCUAAAAAGAUAAAGUACCAAGAACCAAAUAUAGGAAGCCAGAAUCGACCUACUAACAAAUAGGUUAAAGAAGUCACAAGACAGAUAAGCCACAACAAUACCUAUACUUAAGUUGCUUUAGAUUUGAAAUCUAGAGUUCUACUAAAUGUUUAAUAAAACAGUAAUCCAGUUUCUUCACAUGCUGUUUAUUAAGAAAAUAAGGAAUACUUCUGAGAUAUACCACCACAUGGGAGAACCCUGAGAGUAUGUUCAGGGAAAGAAGCCAGUCACUGGUGAGGACAAAAUGUGCAAUUCCAUAUAUAUGUCAAGUACAGAGUUGGUUUAAAAAGUGCAUAUAUAUGUAGUAAUAAAUGGUAGGCAAGAAAAGCUAGAGUGUUCAUAAAUUACAUCAGUGGUUGUAUAACAAUGAACAUACCAAGUGGGUGAAUGUUGUGGUAUGUGAAUUAAAUCUCAGUGAAACUCAAAAACAUAGGAACUUGGACAUUAUCCAAAUGUCCACCUGUCAACAUGAGUGACUUUUAACUGAUGGCACAUCCAUUUAGUUGGGUAUUAUGAAGCCAUUAAAACAGUAGACUAGAUCUAUGAAUAUAUUGUGACCUCUACUCAUAUCCAAGAUUUUAUAUUAAGUUAUAAGCUAAGAUACAUGUAUGUAUGUAUUUAUGUAUGUUUGUAUGUAUGUAUGUAACACAUUUUUAAGCAAAUAGUUCAUGUGUAUAGUUUGUAGAGAUAAUUUCAAAACAAAUAUAGGAAUAAAAUAGGAAAUGUAUAUAACGGGCUGUAAACCUUCUGCAAGUGACUCCGUACAAGCUAAAAACAAAACACCUCCACCUUGGAAACAUUUUUAGGUGGUAUGAUUUGGAGCGAUUUUUACCUUUUUCACUACUUUUUAAUUAAAGUAAUUUUUAAAUAUUCUUACAAACACUUGGCUUCCAAAAUAUUAGUCAGACCUACUCUGAGGGUUUCUGACUUUACUCAGGACAAACUUGUAUUCAUUUGCUAUAUUGCUCACGCGAUUAACACUUCAAUUUCUCCUAGAGUUUAAGGGGUGGGACGUGAAGGAGCCACCCUGGUUACAGCCUCUUGCACAUGUUACCCUGGGCUACACUUCUCAGCCAGGUUUCCCGGAAGGGACUGCUUCCUCUCAGGUGGGCAGCCUUACCUCCUCCUUGCUAGACCUGCAGACCACUUAAAAAUGGAGACAAUCUAAUCGAGGGUACCUUUCAACUGGUGCAGAGAUAGAGAAAUUGGUGUAUCCCGACAGCAAGAUUCUACUCAGCAAUAACAAACUAAGGAACCAUAUAUGCAACAACUUGGAUACAUCUGAAAUGUAUUUUGCUAAGUAGAAGAAGCCAGACUCAAACGGCUGCUUACUGUUAUAUUUCAUUUGUGUUGUUUUCUGGAAAGGAUGAAGCAAUAAGGCAGAAAAAGCAGUAGACACCAAGUAUCGGCACAAGGGAUUUCUUUUUAAUAAUAGGAACUUUCUCUGUGUUAUUUAUAGUUACAAUGUGUAUGUGUUUGUUAAAACUCAGAGAAUUAUGCAACAAAAGAAUGGAUUUUAAUGUGUGAAUUUUUUAACAAUAAAAGUAAUUUUUGAUGAAAUA